UGGCUCGAGGCAAGCACCUGCGCGUCGAAGGCCCCGGGCUCCCCUUGGGCAGCGGCGGCCCCCCGCCCGCCCGCCCGCGCGCGCCAGCUCGGGCGGGAGGAGGAGGCAUGUCCGACGCGCUGCACACCGCAUCUAGUUGCGGUCACCCUGGACUACAUUUUGCUGGGGCUGUUCAGCGUUGCGGCGUUCUUGAGCUUCUUCACGCCGGCGUACUCCUUCGCCAACUCCUUCGUCGGCAGGGCUGUGCUCGGUGCCUUCGCGCUUUAUUUCUACGUGCGCUGGCAAUACGACAUAGCAGUCCUCCCCGGCUACGUCGAAAGCCCAACAGACGCAGACAAAGCGGCGAGGUUCCGCGCCCUGCGGGACCUGUACCUGGAGUUUGGCUGCCUCCUGGCGGUCCUCUUCGCCCUGGCCGUGUCGAAGCUCCGAGGGGACAUCGCCGCGCUCGGGCAGGGCAAGCGCGACGACUGAGGGCCAGCGGCUGGCGGAACGGCAGCGUCGCGGCGGGGCCCCGCCGGCGCGGCGGCGGCUCGCGCGGCCACUGCGCAGCCGCGGGCUCGCGCCGGCGUCGCGCAGCCGCGGGUGCGUCGGGCAGCCGCGGGGGCGAGGGCCUCCGAGGUGGGCCCGGCCGGCCGAGUGGUGAAGAAGUCUGCCGCCAGGGGGACGGGGAUGCGCGU